GGAAAAACAAACAAAGAGAUUAGAACAAAGAAAGGAAAACAACAGAGAAAAAAAGAGAUGCAAUACAUUACAAAAUGUAAAUCUCUUAUGGCUGAGCCUUCUAAAACCUUGUGUAAUUGACUUAACCCAUGGAGAGGUAGCCACCUCCUUCAACACUAGCUCAUUACUCUUCCACACUCUGCCAUGAUUACUUGCACCUUGAUUCUUGCUCCAUUGGGCAACAACUAUAGUUUUGUCUGGACACCCUGAGCUUGGGACAGCUUGAGAGACUAACAACCCACCUGAUCCUUACCAAGGACAAAUUUUGAACCUCUAUUGUUGUCGAAAUUUCUUUGACUUCCCCAAAAGGCCAUGGGAAACUCACAGAGUGGAGUGGUUUCCAGAGAGAUCCUUGAUGAUCUCAAGGUGAACACCAAGUUCUCUGAAGCCGAGAUCACACAGUGGUAUGAGAACUUCCAGAAACAGUGUCCUUCGGGUCGCAUCACACUAAAUCAGUUCGAGGAGAUCUACAGUCGAUUCUUCCCCGACAGCGAUGCCAAGACCUAUGCCCAACACGUUUUCCGCUCCUUCGACACCAAUGAUGAUGGAACAUUAGACUUUAAGGAGUACAUUGUUGCUCUUCACAUGACCUCCUCAGGGAAGAUGGCCCUGAAGCUGGAGUGGGCCUUCUCUCUGUUUGAUGUGGACAAGAACGGCUACAUCACAAAAUCUGAAGUGUGUGAACUCUGCCAGGCCAUUUUCAAACUCAUACCCAAAGAAAAGCAUGCAGAGCUGCCCAGUGAUGAGAACACGCCGGAGAAGAGAGCAGAGAAGCUCUGGGCCAUCUUUGGAAAAAAGGACACUGACCGAAUUGCAGAGGGGGAGUUCAUUGAAAGCAUAUCAUCAAACGAGGCUGCAUUACGGCUAAUUCAGUAUGACCAUAAAUGAGCUGACAAAAUCAUCAUGAGCAAAAUGGCAAUUCUGUCAUGCCUGAUUUCAUGGAUGUGUACAUUAACAAUAAACAAAUUGUGGAAGUUUUCACCAUUCUUAAUUUGUGUGUAACCGUUGUGUUACAAAGCUGAAUAAGAUGUCUUCUGCUAGUUUAACAGUACAGUAACACAAUAAUAGAUGUGUUUUUAAAAAUAGACAUUGUAAUAAUAUAUAGAAUUCCAUUCUGACUGUAACUUCUAAUUUAAGGGAAAAGUAACUUUCAAAUAACCUGAAAUAAUAUGAAAAGAUGAAGUUACGUAAAUCAUUGUUUUAAUACGCUGUUAAAAAAGUACAACUUGGUGCCAGAGGUCUGUGUGGUAUUUGACCAGAGUGCACCCUUAAAAGUGAGACUUAAAAUGCAGCACUGGUUUCACAUCUACACUCAAGAACAAUAAUAAUAAUUUUAUGAUUUAUGUAUUUCAAUUUCAUAACAAAAUUCCAUCAAUUUGAAUCGAGUAAUCUUUCAUAAAUAUAAAAAACUAAAUAUUUUACAUUUUUAUUCAUUUAAAAAUAUUAAACAAUUAAAUGUGAUGGAAUUUUUGUUAUGAAAUUGAAAUAUGUAAAUCUUAAAAAUAGCCUAAAAUAUAUUUUUGGAGUGAUUUUAUUGAUCUAGUCAAACCCAUAUACAACCUACUCUACCCAAUAAGACACAGUGUAAAUUCAGUUUAUUUGUCUACACACCUCAUUGUUCUAGUUCAAUUUGUCCAGUUGAUAUGCUGCUUUUGUGUCCAGUAUAGACACUGAAAGGUGUAAUGAUUGAAACCAGUUAACAUGAAGCUCCCAGCACGUUUCAGUUAUUUGAUUAACCUAACCAUUAUUCAUGUUUAUUUAAUUUGGAAUGUGUUUAUCGUUCUUUUGAUUGUUCUGUCAUAUAAAUGAUUCACAUUAAGAAAUUGUGUCAUUGCAUGGUGUGUUAGUUUCAUACAAACACACAUACAAUUGCAUAUUGUACAAUUCUGCUUGAUGUUCAUAUUGCAUGACAGUUGUGUAAAGAUGUCUUAUCACAAUUAUAAUUUUUUUUUUUUUUUUUACAGAUUAUUUUCAGUUAGUUAAUGCACUGAAUAUUCAUUUGACAUUCAGGGUUGGAAAAUAUUCCAUUUCAAAAUGAAAAAAAUAAGACAAAUAAAUCUACUACCCCAAUGUGGCAGGGCGGAGGGCGGGGCCGGGUCGUGAUCCCACACACCUGGUCCCGUAUUAGGCUAAUCAAGCCUUCGAGAGGGAUAAAGGUCGACUGCAGAGGAUCGUGCGGGAGAGAGAGAUCGUUUACGGACUUGUCCAUCAUGUGUGUGUUUGCUCUUUAUUUUCGCCCAGUUUAUUAUUAAAACUAUUAUUUAUAUUGUCAAGCCAGUUCUCACCUCCUCCUUUCCAUUGAUCGCUUUACACACACUUUACAUCAUGACAAAUUAAUGUUUUCAUUUCUCACAUGUUAUUUUAUUGCUACCUGAUCAUGCAUCAACAGAGCUUUUAAAAGAAGAACAAAUAUCUAUCAUCUAUUGUUCGUACUUUUGAUUUUCUUCUUACUGUUUCUAAUGCUCUCCAUCUCUCACUUGAUCCGUGUCUCUUACUGAGGAGAUUAUUCACAUAAUCUCCUGCUUUUGAAGCAUCUGUCUGAAGCUGCUGAAAUUCCUCUGUUUGUUGUAAUCUUUCCAUCGCUCCUUCUUGUUCUAUACUCACAUUAUGUCAUAUGUUAUGCUCUGUGCUCUCAUCGAAUAACGGAAUAAUGGGGUGAAGUAUAAGAGCCAGUUGUCAUCCAAAUGUGCCACAUGGAAAAACCCAAUCAAUGUACAAAACCUCUCAUAAUUCUUUUAGUUAUGUGUCUCUCUGUCUGUCGAUCUUUUCGUUUAAUUAAAAGAAGGUUUGAUGCAAUGUUUACACAAGGUAAAUAAA